UUUUGGCUCCAGCGUCUCGGGAGUGAGCACGGCCCAGCUGCCGGGCAGGAAGAGCGGGAUGGCCUCCAUCUCGGCAGCACCGUCGUACCUGCCGUUGGCCCUCAUUGACAAAUGCAUUGGUUCUCGCAUUUGGGUCAUCAUGAAGGGCGACAAAGAGAUAGUGGGCACCUUGCGCGGUUUUGACGACUACGUGAAUAUGGUUAUGGAUGAUGUUCGAGAGUAUACCUUCACCCCACAGGGUAAGAAGAUCACACACUUGGAGUCGAUAUUACUCAAUGGCAACAACAUCACCAUGAUGAUCCCUGGCGGCGACCCUGAGGAGGGCGAGAAAGCUGGUGCUGCUUGAGCAGCCUCUGGCUGCUUCAAAGCGCUUUGGUCUACACACAGUGGCCGUGCUGAAAACCGCACUAGGGCCAAAUGUGUACAAAGAUAGAAAACGCUCAUGCAUCUCACUAUAGAAAAAA